UUUGGAUGAAUAAUGAAGCCUUAAUCCGUCGACAACAAUCGACUGUCAAUCCCUAUUCUUCUUCCACAAUUCCCUCUAUUUCUUCCUUGAUUCGUAUCCUCCUGGAUAAUUUCCUGCACUAUUUUGGGAAUUUUCUUCCAGACAAACCAAAAAAACUAAAAAACAGAGGAGCAGAAUACCGAUUGCGAUGCAAAGGGCUGUUGACAAUGUUCUCGCUGUAACCAAAGAGUCGGUAAAGACGAUCACAUAUGAAUCUCUGCACAAUAUUGUAAGAUUUAUAAAUGGAGUGUCAGCUUUAUUAUUGUCUAUUUUGCCUGGAAAGACUUCUAUUCUUGAAGGCAUUCAUGGUUGGGAGCUUAGGCCAACUUUUCGUGGACCUCGACUUCCUCGUUGGAUGGAGAAUGGCGUAUCGUCUUUCAAUAAAUUCAUUCAUGAAGUUUCUGUUGAUUCUGACACGUCCUCAACUGUGGAUUAUUCAUCCGAUGGAGAAGAAUGUGAUAUUUAUCCUCCGUCUCCUCUGUCACAUAGUUCCCGAGUCUCACGAGAAAGUAUUUUUACGAAACAGAACAGAAGCUGGAUAUGGUGGAUAAGAUUUAUAAUUUCAUGGGUUUUGUAUCCUAUGAAAUUAAUUUUCUUCCUACCACUUUAUUUCAUUAGAUCAGCUUUUCCUACUUCUAAAGCCCCUGUGAGGUCAGGAAACUAUCCUUCAGUCCCACAAUCUCCUAGAAGAUUGCAAAAUCUCAAGGAUCAAUUUGUUCAACGGGCCACUGAUCGCAGACAUGGCGUUGUCGAGGAUCUCCACCUAGCAAUUGAGUUUUCCAUAGAAUCUGCAUUUGAUGUUGUUCACACGGCGGCCCAUUGCGUGCUUUCUCCAAUAAAUACCUUGAGAAGUGUGUGCCAGUGGUUCUUCUCCAAACUCAGUUUUCGCCCUACUGCUGUUCUGUCAGAUAAGGAUCCAACUCCUUCUGAAAGGAAAACGUCUUUCAACCUCAAUACAGAUGCCAGGACAUGUCAAGAUGUCAUAACAGAGCUUGGGUAUCCUUAUGAAGCUAUCCGUGUGGUUACAGCUGAUGGAUACGUACUUCAUCUGGAAAGGAUGCCAAGGAGAGAUUCACGAAAAGUUGUCUAUCUGCAGCAUGGAAUAUUAGAUUCAUCUAUGGGUUGGGUGGCAAAUGGUGUCGUCGGUUCUCCUGCUUUUGCAGCCUUUGAUCAAGGUUAUGAUGUUUUUCUUGGAAACUUUCGCGGAUUAGUUUCGAGAGAACACAUCAACACAAAAAUCUCAUCCCGGCAAUAUUGGAAAUACUCAAUCAAUGAGCAUGGGACUCGAGAUAUACCAGCAAUGGUGGAGAAAAUAAACGAAAUUAAGAUUUCUGAACUGAAGCCUCGCAAAUCUGAUCCCAAGGAAGAAAGUAACACUGAUCAACCAUACAAACUCUGUGCAAUUUGUCACAGCCUGGGAGGAGCUGCCAUUUUGAUGUACGUUAUAACUCGUCGGAUAGAGGAAACACCCCACAGGCUGUCCAGAAUGAUCCUACUCUCACCGGCUGGUUUCCACCAUGAUUCUACCGUUGUAUUCACUGUAUCAGAGUACUUAUUUUCUCUGAUUUCUCCUCUCUUGGCACCUUUCCUGCCAGCCUUCUAUAUUCCCACUAGGUUUUUCCGUAUGCUGCUAAAUAAGUUGGCUCGCGACUUCCACAACUUACCCGCGGUUGGGGGACUGGUACAGACCCUCAUGAGUUAUGUCGUCGGUGGCGACAGCUCAAACUGGGUCGGGGUCUUAGGUCUACCUCACUACAACAUGAACGACAUGCCAGGCGUCGCGUUCAGGGUGGCGAUGCAUCUAGCGCAGAUGAAGCGCACGAAGAAGUUUGCAAUGUUCGACUAUGGCAGUCGGGCUGCAAACACAGAGGUGUAUGGUACCCCGGGGCCGUUGAACCUGGGGGAGUUCUACAGCUUGAUCGACAUCCCUGUCGAUCUCGUGGCCGGGAGGAAGGACCGGGUGAUCAAGCCAUCCAUGGUGAGGAACCACUACACUGUGAUGAAGGAUGCGGGAGUGGAGGUGUCCUUCAGCGAGUUCGAGUAUGCGCACUUGGACUUCACAUUCUCUCACCGCGAGGAGCUCUUAUCCUACGUGAUGUCGCGCCUGCUGCUGGUGGGCGCGCCCUCGAAGCAGAUGAACAGGACUAAGUCCAUCAAGGUGAAGAGGAAAGAUCUGCAGGUGAAAGCAGCCAAAGUGAACACGUGAGAACUGGUUGUUUAUCUCCUCAUUGUAGGAGAUGUUAAACCUAUGUACAUACAUAGAAAGAGAUAGAGUUGGGAGGGCUUGGUGUUGUUAGUGAAGAUUUAAGCCAACUUAGGUCUCAGUUUCCUCUUCUCUCCUUUUUUUCUCCUGGGAAUAGAAAACUAGAGACGUCAGUGUUGUAUUAUGUUGUUUGGAGCUAAUAGCAAGCACCUCUAGUUUUUGUUGUAUUAUGUCAAAAGUGUGAUGCAUGUAACUUUUAGACCUCACGAUAUUCUUGAGUUGAUGUAUGUUGUACUAUUAUAAUAAAAAUUCAAACUAUUUUUUUGUUUUUUUAAAAA